UCAAACUAAAAAGAAAGAAACACUGAUAUCAAAAUCUUAACAAUGGCAGAACAACCAGAGACGGUGUCGUCGAGCGUGAAUCAAUCUUCUAACACACAAAAUUCUCCCGAAUAUAAACUUAAGCAAUCAUGGGUGCCGUCGGCAUUCUCUGGUUUUCCAGCUUAUCCAGAUAGUGGUUUUCAGAUGUUUCCUGUCAUGUAUCCUGCACUAGUUCCAGGGUUAAAUGCUAUGCAAAAUCGAGAAGAAGCGAAUCAUGGGCCUGGCAUUUAUGCAGUGCCUGUUCCUCAAUUUAUGGGACCAAUUGCUGGACUUCCUUCAAACACCCUAAUUCCCCUCACGCUCAACAUACCUACUAGACCGACUGCUGAGGCUGGGGCAACCAGUGAUCAAGCACAAGGGGGACAACAGCAACAGCAACUGCAGCAGCCUGCAGCUCAAAGGCAAAUUGUUGUUAGGAGAUUUCAAAUUGCAUUUCAGUUGGAUUUGUUUCUCAUACUUAAGCUGGCAGCCGUAAUCUUUUUGUUUAACCAAGAUGGAUCAAGACAAAGGCUUCUUGUCCUUGUGUUUUUUGCUUCACUUGUCUAUUUGUACCAAACUGGAGCUCUGACACCGUUAGUACAAUGGCUCUCACAAAGUAUGCAAAGGGCAGCUGCCCCUCCCCGUCCACCUAGGCCUGCUGUCAGGGCGGAAAAUGCGGCAACAAGGCAGAAUGAAGAUGUUGCUUUGGCAGAGGGACAACAUGCAGUUGAGAAUGAGAAUAGACCUGCAGAGGAUGGUAACCAAGCAGCUGAGAAUGAAAAUGUUGCUGAACCUGGCGGAGACAAUGGGGGCCACCACUGGUGGGGAAUUGUGAAGGAGAUUCAGAUGAUUGUCUUCGGCUUUAUCACCUCACUUCUCCCAGGCUUUCACCACAUAGAUUAGACCAUACUUUAGCUGGUAACAAAACCUCCCAAACCAGCAUAGAGGCGGGGAAUAGUUGUUUCUGUCGUUUUCUCCUGUUCUUUCCCUUUAUGAAAUAAUCUGAAGAGUUCUCCCCCCCUUCUCUUUAUUGACAACUUUGAUACAUAUUGUAUGUAUAUGUACAAUUAUGGCUCCACUAGAAUAGUUCGAUGAUUAUGGAUUUAGGAUUUCACACCUAAUGUAAAUUCCUGCUACGCCAAGUUACCAUGCUAAAUUUGAUUCCUGGGUUGUGAUAAGUAGAAUAGAAAAUUUCGGGUUGCUGUUACUUUUUA